AUGCGGGCGGGCCCCGUGCGCUCGGCCAUGAGCGGUGCCGCGCAGCCCCGCGGCCGAGUCCUGCUGCUCCCGGCCGCCCGCGGCGCCCCGGCCAAGCGCCUGCUGGAGGCGGACGACGCGGCGGCCCUGGCGGCCAAGUGCCCGCGCCUCUCCGAGUGCUCCAGCCCCCCGGACUACCUCAGCCCCCCCGGCUCGCCUUGCAGCCCUCAGCCCCCGGCCGCCGCGCCGGGGGCCGGCGGCGGCUCCGGGAGCGUACCGGGGCCCAGCCGCAUCGCCGACUACCUGCUGCUGCCCCUGGCUGAGCGCGAGCAUGUGUCCCGGGCGCUGUGCAUCCACACGGGCCGCGAGCUGCGCUGCAAGGUGUUUCCCAUCAAACACUACCAGGACAAGAUCCGCCCUUACAUCCAGCUGCCCUCACACAGAAACAUCACCGGCAUCGUGGAAGUGAUCCUCGGAGACACCAAGGCUUACGUCUUCUUCGAGAAGGACUUUGGGGACAUGCACUCCUACGUGCGCAGCCGGAAAAGGCUGCGGGAAGAGGAAGCUGCCCGGCUUUUCAAGCAGAUCGUCUGCGCCGUUGCCCACUGUCACCAGUCGGCCAUUGUGCUGGGGGACCUGAAACUUAGGAAAUUCGUCUUCUCCACGGAGGAGAGAACCCAGCUCCGAUUGGAAAGUCUCGAAGACACGCACAUCAUCAAGGGGGAAGAUGAUGCUCUGUCAGACAAGCAUGGCUGCCCAGCCUACGUGAGCCCCGAGAUCCUGAACACAACCGGAACCUACUCGGGCAAGGCCGCGGAUGUCUGGAGCCUUGGGGUCAUGCUGUACACCCUUUUGGUUGGACGAUACCCUUUCCAUGACUCAGAGCCCAGCGCCCUCUUCUCCAAAAUCCGCCGUGGACAGUUCUGCAUCCCCGACCACGUCUCCCCCAAAGCCAGGUGUCUCAUCCGCAGCCUCUUGAGACGAGAGCCUGCCGAGAGACUGGCCGCCCCUGAGAUCUUGCUCCACCCCUGGUUCGAGUCCAUCGGGGAACCUGGCUGCAGCGACUCAGAAACGGGCGCGGCAGACCAGAUGGUCCCGGAGUGCCGGGAGGACACUGACAUGAGCUUUUUCUUCUGCUAAGCCUCACACCUCCGAAACCUCAUCCUUCUCACACAUGGCAUUUCCAUUUCGAAAGACAAACAGUCCUUCCUUCGGCGUGGUGCCAGCCAGAUCCGUGACUGCGUCGAGAAUGUGGCUGCUGAGCCCCACGUGGCAUCCCUUCUCCUUGGUCCCCACGACCAGUGACUUUAUGGAGUUGAGCAGCAGAGACUCUGGCUGACCUGGACGGAUGUUUCCCGGGCAAACCCUGGCGACUACCCUUUUGUCAGUCUGGGGGUGGCGUAUCUUGUAGGUUGGUAGAGCGUGUGGGCAGCCUAUGGCACGUGGUGGCGUGAAAUUAACUUGAACAGGCAAGGAAGUGAGUCCCACAGUGGCAUGUGGGGUGAUCACCAUAUUGUACCAGGGGGGGGCGGACAAACUGUUAACCUCCUGUCUUCGAACACCUCGUGGGUAGCUAGGCUUGGGCUGCCUCGUUUUCCUGAUUGGAGAGUUUUUGUUUUGUUUUAACUUGCUCUCCCUUCACACUCACACUUCAACCAAGGACUCCGCUCCGUUUUUCGGAGCACACUGUCUCAGGCGCACCCCCAUCUCCUGCUGAGACUUGGUGUGCACUAAUGCCUUCUCCUUCACCUUCUCCUUGAUUGGGCACGUCCACCCGCACCCCUCUAAUGCUGAAGGCGCUGCCAGCUAGGUAUGGAAAACCCGACUGCUGUUGGGUGUCCAAACGCCUGCAGGCUUUUGAAUAAGUUGAGCAUUUGGAAGGGUUAUCUCUGGGGUGUGCCCUCAAAUACAUUAGCACUUGCCCCAUUCCUCCCCAGCCACUAUCUCAGGGCGGGCUUUUGCUUUAGAGAUGAGCGCUCAGGGGACUUCCCAGCCCCUCUCCCAAGAGCACGCACAAACCACCUGAGUGCUUCCAGACUGCGUUUUGGAUAGUCUUGGACGAGCCUGGGGCCCAACUUCUGGAGUGCCUCUGCCCGGCAUGGUGCUGGCGUGCUGUGUGGUACCUGUGGUUUUGCACGCUGGUUGGUGACUAGUUCCCACGAGGAGUGGCUUAGGAUGCAUCCCUGCAUUUCCCAUCUGGAGCCAAAACAAUAAGCCCCAAACCUCGGGAGUUGGAAGGAACUUCAGAAAGUAUCGAGGAUAGUCCAGCCUCCUUCCUCCUGCACACUCCAAGGCAAAGCCACCACCCACCCCACCCUACCCCACCCCGAGUUCUAAGAUGGGAAGCCAUCCCUGCUUGAAUGCUUCCAGAGACCGGGACCUCACUACCUACACAAAGAUAGCGUUUUUCUGGAGACAGUCUAACGCGCAUUAAAAACAAAAGGACAGGGACAGGUGAGAUAUCCAGAAAGUGUCUUGGGAUGAGCAGAAGUCAGGUGGUUAAACGGGUAAGCAAAACAUACUGGUUUUUUUUUUUCAGGAAAAGACACAAAACCAGGCGGCGGUCUUCCAGGGAGGGCAACGCCGAGGCGAAACUACUAACCUGCAUUGUGGGAAUGCUGUGUAUACCUCACGUACUGUGUACUCUGUACAGAUCCCCACCCCCCUUUAUACCUUUGUCCGACGUCAUCUGUUGUGUGAGCUCCGAGGCUUAUUGUGUGCGUGUGUGUGUGUGUGUGUGUGAAUAACCUGCGUGUCUCAAACCACGUGAAAUGUGAAUGACUAUUGGCAAUACGACUUGACCGAGCAGCGGCCUCGAGGACAGGGAGGUCUAGGCUCGGCUGUGCUAGGGCUCUCGUGGUGGCGCGACCUUCGUAUCUGUGAUACAUUACCCGCUGAGGACCGAGCUGGCAGGGACUUCUGCCCGGAAAGCUAGAAACACUAGGCCCUUCUGUACAUGUGUACAUAUCACUGAUGCAGCGGUCAUCCGACCUGUAGAGAGAUUUUAAUAAAUCUGGUUUCGUAAA